UGUCAAAACAAAAUGGAGGUUUGAUGGUUCACCAGAAACCAUCCAAUUCCCAAUGACGACGCUUGUUUGGAACUGUCGGGGUUUGAGAAGCAACCUGACAGUUCGACGCCUAGAGGAGAUGUGUCGUGAGCAUCUCCCGGAUUUUCUGUUUCUCCUAGAGACUAAAAACUCUAGUGACCACGUUAUAAAACUUUGGAGUUCGUUGGGGUUUGAUCAUUGUUAUCUGGUGGAUCCAGUGGGACUCAGUGGAGGGUUAGCUUUGUUUUGGAAGAAGAAACAUGAGGUGAAAAUAUUGUCUGCUUCAGCGAGAAUUAUUGAUACAGAAGUGAAGCUUGGUGCUGUAGUGUUUUACAUGUCUUUUGUGUACGGAGAUCCUGUCCGUCAACGUCGUAUAGCAGUAUGGAAUGAGUUAAAAGUAAUUGCUCUAAACAGGACUGGUGGAUGGUUUCUGGCUGGAGAUUUUAACGAGCUCAUGAAUAAUUCAGAGAAGGUUGGAGGGCCGCCUCGACAAGAAAGUUCCUUCUUUGACUUCAGAGCCAUGGCUAGGGAUUGUCGUUUGAAAGAAAUCCCAAGCUCAGGGAACCGUCUCUCUUGGGGUGGUGUGAGAGAAAUCAUGGAGAACGGGGUGAAAGAAAAAGUAUGGGUCCAAUGCAGGCUGGAUAGAGCUUUUGGCAAUGCUGAAUGGUUUAGGAUCUUUCCUCAGUCCCACACAGUUUAUCUGGAGAAGACAGGGUCCGAUCAUAGACCAAUUUUCACAAGUCUGGCAAAUAUUGGACAGAGAAGAACUGGACGGUUCAUGUUCGAUAAGAGAUGGUGUCAAAAGCCAGAAAUUACUGAAGUGAUUCGUCGUGGUUGGUGCAGUAACUUCAUUUCGGGUCAAGGUUCAGUUUCAGAGAGAAUAAAAUCAUGUAGACAGGAGCUCUGCAAGUGGAAACGGCACGCCAAUGUUAACUCCAGUGUGACAAUAAGGAGGCUUAGACGGGAGCUUGAGGUGGAAGAAAGCAAAAGGUGGCCUAAUCUGCUCAUCUUACCAUCUUUACGUCUGGAUUUAGAAAAAGCUUAUGAUGAGGAAGAAGCUUUCUGGAAACAAAAGUGUAAAAACUCAUGGCUGCAGGUUGGAGAUAAGAACACAAAAGUUUUUCAUGGCUGGGUAGAAUCGAGAAGAAUGAAGAACAAGAUACAUUCACUCAUAGAUAAUGCAGGAAUUGAACAAUUUUCAGAAGAUGAGAUGGGGAAGGUGGCAGUGGAGUACUUCCAAGAACUUUUUCACUCGACAGGAUCAGCUGAUGUUUCUGAACUUCUUGAUGGGAUGGCUCCAAGAGUUACGGAGAGUAUGAACAUAGGUCUGAUCAAACCUAUCUCUGAUGCAGAGAUAAGAAGGGCAGUCAAGGAGAUCAAGAGUGACAGUACCCCUGGCGUCGAUGGCAUGACUGGCCAGUUCUUCCAAAAAUUUUGGAACAUAGUGGGACCUCAAGUUACCCAUGAGGUGCGACGUUUCUUUGACGACGGGCUCCUUCCCGUAGACUGGAACUAUACAGAGCUAUGCCUUCUACCUAAAGUCCAGAAUCCUAACCAGAUGAAAGACCUCAGGCCUAUCAGUCUAUGCUCUGUUGUCUACAAGAUCGUCUCCAAAGUUCUCUGCGAUCGUUUGAAGGUAGUGUUACCUCACAUUGUCUCUCCAGCUCAGGGAGCUUUUGUAGCAGGCAGGCUCAUCUCUGAUAAUCUCCUAAUAGCACAUGAAAUGGUGCAUGGUCUGCGGACAAACCCUGCUUGCAAAUCGGACUUCAUUGCCAUCAAAACUGACAUGUCGAAAGCAUAUGACAGAGUUGAAUGGGAUUUCUUAGAAGCUCUAUUCCUCAAGUUGGGAUUCCAUCAGCGGUGGGUCUCGUGGAUCAUGUUGUGUGUCCGCUCAGUUUCAUACUCUGUGAUUCUUAAUGGUCAAUCCUAUGGGCAUUUCACUCCGGAAAGAGGAAUUAGACAAGGAGAUCCGCUCAGUCCCUUUCUCUUUAUAUUAUGCGCAGAGGCGCUGGUUCACACAAUGAGUAAGGCGGAGCAGGAAGGUGUUUUAACGGGUAUGAAGCUCGCACCCAGUUGUCCUGCAGUCCAGCAUCUUCUUUUUGCAGACGACAGUUUCUUCCUCUGUCGCGCCUCUCUGGCGGAAUGUACGGAAUUUCUACGUCGUCUGAAGCUGUAUGGGGAUUCUUCUGGUCAGAUGAUUAACUUUCAGAAGUCAGCGAUAACUUUUGGAGCGGGGAUUGACCCUAUCAUGCGACGUGUACUGGCUGAGCUGCUCAAUAUUGAGAAGGAAGGCGGCGAUGGCAAGUAUUUAGGACUUCCGGAAUGUUUUAGUGGUUCGAAACAACAACUGCUGGCGUUUAUUGGUGAAAAGAUGAGCAAGAGGCUCAAAGGCUGGUUUGCAAAGAAGCUUUCCUUUGGAGGUAAAGAAGUGCUUCUAAAGUCUAUAGCAAUGGCCCUCCCUGUAUAUGCUAUGUCCUGUUUCAGAUUGACUAAACAUCUCUGUCAGAAGAUUAUGAGUGCCAUGGCAAGUUUCUGGUGGGAUGAAAACGAUGAGAAGAAAAAGAUUCACUGGAUAUCUUGGAAGAAGCUCUGCAUCUCCAAAGAAAAUGGCGGACUUGGCUUCCGAGAUAUAGAAGAUUUCAAUCAAGCUCUGCUCGCCAAACAGGCAUGGAGGCUGUUAAAUGAUCCUACCAGUUUGAUAGCUCGGAUUUAUAAGGGGAGAUACUUUGCAUCCUCAGAUUUCAUGAACUCUGGUAAAGGAUACAGACCAUCAUAUGCUUGGAGAAGCAUCCUUUUCGGAAGGGAGUUGCUUAAUAAAGGUCUUAUGAAGUCUAUUGGUAAUGGAAACUCUACCUUUGUAUGGUCGCAUAACUGGAUCUUGGAUGAGACCCCUCGAAGACCGAUCAAUAAGCAACCAGAGAUUGAUAUUAAUCUGCGUGUAUCAUCAUUGAUAGGGGAUGAUGGCCAAUGGGAUGUGAACAAGCUUCAGUGCCGUUUCCCUCAGAAUGAAGUGACCCGUAUUCGUCAGCUCCCGGUGGGGGAUGUUCCUGAUCGUGAUAUAUGGGCUUACUCACCAAAUGGUUCCUAUACAGUGAAAAGUGGUUAUAAAGUAGCCACUCAAGCUAAAGAAACGGCUGAGGUACAAGCAAUGUCGUUGAAACCAGGCGUUUUGGAGUUAAAGGGGAUCAUAUGGAAGGUGGCUACACUGCCAAAAAUCCGAAACUUUCUAUGGCGCGCGGCCUCUGGCGCUUUAGCGGUGGCAGAGAGACUAAAUACUCGAGGUUUAAACCUUGACUUGCGAUGUAAGAUUUGUAAGGCUGCAACAGAGUCAAUAGAGCAUGUGCUGUUUAAGUGCUCCUUGGCACACGAAGCUUGGUCCUCUGCUGGUUUCCAAUCUCUCCCUCAUGUGGGAAAUUUAUCUGUGAUUGACUGUUUAUCUGCAUAUCUUCAUAUGAUGAAUGAUGUUCUGAUCCCUCUAGAGCAGAGGCUUGCAAUCCCGUGGAUUCUCUGGACGAUAUGGAAGAAUAGAAACAUGCUUCUGUAUGCGGAGACGCAGGUAUCGAUCACCAUUCAGAUCAAACAGGCACUGGAGGAAGCAUGCACUUGGCAUGAACUCAACAAGAAGGCAGUAUCACUAGAGAAUAUAACUGGACUGAAUGAAGAAACAAAGAGAUGGGAUCCUCCUCUUGCAGGUUACGUUAAAUGUAACUUUCAUGCUAACUGGAGGAAUGCUGCUCUUCAUAGUGGUGUGGCUUUUAUUGUGCGUGAUCAACGAGGUAAUGUACUUCAUCAUGCACGUGAUGCUAUCACCUUUUCUCCAAACCGAAUCACUUCUGAGUUGCGAUGUCUAGUCUGGGUAUUAAAGAGUAUGAAGGAUCUGGGAUAUCAUGAAGUGGUUCUAGCUUCAGAUUUUCGGGAACUCAUGGAGGCUGUUUUGAAACCUAAGGAAUGGCCUCGAUAUCGAUCUUUUCUCCAAGAGAUCAACAUCUUAUGUUCUCUGUUCCGUUCGGUGGCGUUUGAAACAGAGUCAGCAAACUCUAACCAGAUUGCUCGUGAAAUUGCAAAAAGUGUUCUCCGUGAUGGCCGUCUACAAUCGUAUUUGGCGCUAGGAGGACCUGCAUGGCUACAUCAAAGGAUCCUGAGAGAAACUGUCCAGAUGAGCUCAUAGACCUUUAUAAGGUUGAGCUUUUUCUAUAUGUUUCUCUUGUAUCUCCAUUUCAUAGUUUCUUAUUUGUAUCCAGACUUGGUUUUAUCCAUUUUGCAAUGCAGUUAAAAAAAA